GAGUAUUUUUACCAAGUGGUAUCUCUUUUUCUCGUCCCCUGUCGCCAAGUUCUGGUUCACCACGCUGCUGUUCUUUGUGUUCCUGAUCCUGUACACGUACUUUGUGCUGGGAGAGCUGCCCCACGAGCAGCCCUACAUAGAGAUAGUGCUCGCCUUCUUCGUCCUUUCCAUCACAACCGAGGAGAUACGACAAGUGCUGACUGAGAGUGGGAAGCUGGCGAAGAAACUAACUGAGUACUUCACCAGUAUCUGGAACUGGAUAGAUGUGUUCGGAGUGACCUUGUUCUGGGUCGCAUUCGGAAUGCGCUUCAUCCCCGAUGACACAGUCCGCAAUGUUGCCAGGCUGCUCUACAUUCUUGAUGUAUUCUUCUGGUUUAUGAGGGUGCUGAACAUCUUCACUAUCAACAGGAAACUCGGACCCCUCGUCACCAUCAUCCUCACCAUGAUCCCGGAGUUGUUGCGUUUCUUCUUCAUCUGGAUUUUGUUCAUGCUGGCGUUUGGGGUGAUAGUGAAGAGUGUGUCGGAGCCAAAGAGGUAUGGCGAAGUGUCCUUCGUGAACAUGCUGCAAAUAGUGGACAUGAGCUACUGGCAGACAUACGGGGAGCUGUUCCUGGAGGAUCUGCAAGAUGACGAGAAGUUGACAAACUGUACGAAGCACUAUGAUGACGGGAGUGGUCUGCAGCCCUGUCCCUUCCUACCCGAAGCCAGCCUCUUCUUCACAGCCAUCUACAUGAUCAUAGGCAACAUCCUCCUUAUGAACUUGCUCAUCGCACUCUUCACUUCUAUCUAUGAGCAGGUGAAUGAGAAGUCGUUGACAGACUGGAAAAAUAAGCGACUGGACGUGAUAGUGGAGUACCACACUCGACCCCCCAUCCCCCCUCCCUUCUCCAUCAUAUACCACCUGUUCCUUCUGCUCAGAUGGAAGAGCCACAUGCAGGAGGUCAAACAGUCCAAGGGACUCACGUUGGAUGUGAGCACCUCCCGGAUGUAUGAACUGUUACUGUUCGAAGAGGAGGUGAAGGAGGAGUUCAUGAUGGAGAGGAGUAGCAGACAGGGGGAGGACGUGUCCAAACAAGUCGUACAACUAACCCAGAAAUUCGACGAGGCUGACAAAGGACUUAGAACUCAAAUAGCACUGCUGGAGAAUCAAUCUAGAGAGAACGGAAAACAACUAGCUCAAAUCCAGGAAAUGCUUCAACAGCUUCUGGACAAGCAAAGUUAGACAGAGACUUGUUGCGAAUACGAAAUGCUCAGAGUAAAGUGGAUAUACUCUGGUCAUCAUUGAACACGUCAAAACUUCAUUUUUUUUCUAUUUGCGAAUUCUAACUCACCAAAUUUUAUAUAAAACAAAAAUCAAUCUAAUG